UACGAGUCAUGGCAGUUCACGGGUGGCACAGGUUGACAUCCUCCACAUUAGCAUUUCUCUCGUAACUUUUCUGAUAAAAGCCGACAUGACGCCAAUUCCAUCCUCAGCGGCCGUUUUACUUCUCCGGCGUCCCGAACUCGUCGACUGGACUCGCGAUGGGCGGGGCGCAAACAGAACAGAGACACGCCCCUCCGAAAGUUCUCCGAGUUUCUGAGCCCAAAGCUUCAGUGUCUGGCUGUCAGCAGUUAGCAGUUUUUUUUUUCUUUAAACAGAGAAACAGAGCUAAUGCCGCCUUCAUUGGAUAAGAAUUUGGCGGAAUGUGGUGGCAGGUGCGGGGCUCAGGGCUGCUGCAGCCGCCCACGAAUCGUCUCAUCCGCUGGGCUCGCCGUCUUUCACGGGGGCUUUUUCUUCCCUUUUUAACGGGAUUCUCCUUUUUGUUCGCAAGUGAAAGGGAGGAAGGCGGAAACUCACGAGUACAUGCAGUAAUGAAAGGAGGGACUGGUUAUGCUGGUUUCUUCAUAAAGGAAAUAAAAAUGAAAUUCAAUGCAGAGCAAAGAAGAGAACAGGAGAAAGCGAACUCGGGUGUCUCUGUUGCUGGAGACUCUCGUCUUCUUAAGCUUUUAACUUGCUGAAUGAUUUUUCUGGUUUCCAUUGCCAACCUUUGCAGACCAAGGGCGGCUCCGCUACAGUCGAUGGGGUGUAAUCCACAGAUCUGGGGCAUCAUCCGUGCACUAUUACCUGGGCAUCCGUGGCCAGUUUUCGCAGAAUCGAUGUGCUGAUCGACUAUUCGUCUUGUUAGGACAGCCUCGGCUCUCAAGGGUGUGAGGGACGAAGAGCGACGCGACCCCAAGCAUUGCAUCUGCGUGCCCACCUUUAGGGUUUGUAUGAAGAAAAAAAAUCUUUAAGAGUGGAAUGGAGGGGAGGCUUGGAGAUUAAAAGGAAGAUGAGUGGCAUCUGUUUCGUAUUAAGCCGCAGAGUGUGCGCCGAGACUCGGGAGAAGUUUUAGAGCCGCUCUGGCAUCUCCGUUUUUUUCCUUCUGACGAGUGGCGUCAGUGUCUCCAAAAGAAAUCAGCACCACAAAAAUGCAGGCCUGAAGAGCGAGUGGAUUGGACUGUGGAUGGACUCUGAACUUCUGUCUAAACCUGUGAACUUCAAACUAUGGGAUUUCAGGAAAGGCCACAGUUGUUUUUUGUUUUCUAAGUCUAAGGAGGGGGGCCUUUAUUUCAGAUUGAUUUUUUUUUUCAGCUUAUAGACAUUUCACCCCAGAAAUUCCCUGCAGAAUUUUGAAGAUGGAAUUUUGUUUCUUCAAUUAAAGCUGUUGCAGACCUUUAUUUAAUAUUAAGCAGAAUGAAGGUCAUCUCUAAAAGAAAAGUAUGCUAAUUUUAUUUUUGGAAGACUUUUUUCACAUCUUUUUGGUGGCUCACCAGUUAUCCCAAGAGGAUCCUUCAUCAGCUUUUACAGAAUAUGACAAGAGCUGACCUCUACAGUGCAAAAGGUAAAGCAAACGAUUCCUAGGAGGAUGGACUUGCAUGACAAAUCUUCCUUGUCUUCUUUAAUGAUCACCACAGCCCAGCCUUUUCGCAGGGCUGGUAGAGCGUCAGACAUCUCCUGCAUGGUAUCGCUUGACAGUGCUGCCCACGCGGAUUCCGAAGACAACAAAAAAGACAAAACUACUCAGUUCUCCAUCCGGUCUGCCAGCACUAUGAAACGCUUUCCUGAGGUCACCUCCUCUUUACGCAGAUUCAGCUUACAGGAAAGGAGGAAUAUAUUUGAGCAGGGUUGUGAUGGUACUGUCAAGUCUCCAACUUGGAAAAGUGGCAGCAGAGAUGGAAGUAAUAGUAAUGGUUGCAGGCAUAGUGAUGCCACAUGGAGCAAGGAAAGGCUGAAACAUCUGGGCAAACCUGUGCCGCCACCAAUACCACCCAAGCCCACGGCAGACAGGGUUGAUGAAGUAAAGAAAAGGAUGCAGUCUGAGUCUGCCUUUAGUGCUCUUAAGACAUUUGAAUGUGCCAGCUCUGCCAGGUAUAAGGACCAUGAGUGUGUCCAAAAGGAAUGUGACUACUGUCUAAGAAAAGAAUCUAAAAGUGAUCUCAGGGAUGGCACUGAGCAGAACAAAUUAAAGGCUUUAGCUGUUAAUGAGGAGGCAGAGGCCAUAUGCUAUAAUUAUACUUUGAAUCCACAGAGAGACAGCCAGAAGCUGACAUUUAAACCCAGCACAGAUAUGGAGACAGACACCAACAUUUCAUCACAGGAGUUCAUAAACACCACUCCAGGAGAAGCUUCUGCUCUUCAAUACAAGCCCUUCAUGAGUGAGGCCAUGGACCGCAGCAGCCAUACUGGGAGUUUCUCAGGGAGGUAUGUGUGGAAAUCCAUAGACAAUGGAAAUGCACUUUCAAAACAGCCAAAGUGCACAUCUUCCCAAGAUCAAUCCGGCCACUCUCAUCCACCAGUGGUGUCAGAAGUAACUGGGACUUCAGGCAGCCUGUUGUUACUAAGCAGCCAACAACACAAUAGAAGCCAAUCUUUGAAGAAGGAUGGAUCAAGUGAAAGCAACUUGAGCCAGCAAAAAGCAUGGCAGCAAAAGCCUGCCCUGUCAAGAGAAGAGACGGAGCAAGGCUGGACCAGUAAGCAAUAUGGGAAAUGCCCCGAAAGCCUAAUCCAAAGUCUUGCUGCAAACUAUGGCAGACACCGUGAUGCUGUAAGUGCAGUUGGGGGUGUGGAGACACCUUUUACAGUCAAAGUCAAAGAGCGUUUAUCAAGUCGGAGAAAGGAUGGCCUCCAUGGCAGAAUCCAGAUGAAAUCAGGAGAUGUUUACACAGUAAAUCCAGGAUGCCAAACAGAGAUGCCCAGGUCAGGAUCUGCCCUUCUAACCCACUGUUCAGCCUUUGAGCAGGAGCUGCUAAGUGCAGUACCAUCUGUGAGAAGCAGAAUUCAUUCCUUUGAAAUGCUAGGCAGUGGGAAGGAGAAUUUUAGAAAGUCAGAUUCUGUAUUACAAAGAUCAGCCUCCUCACACAUUUUUAGUGCUCCAUCCUCUGGUAUUUAUUCAGCUUCUAAAGGGCUUCAAAGACAUGAGUGGCCAAACUCAUCUCGGCCCUGCCCUGUGGAAAAUAAACAAGUCAACCAGGACACCUGUGGCAGGACAUCGCCGAGUGUUCCAAAGACUUCUGGUUUGAUGGGAGAGGAAUGGAGAAAGGAUAACAAAAGGGCGACAGCCAAAGACUCAUGUGAAAUCGUAAUCAGACAACGAGAGGUUCCGAGCAAUGCGAUUUACCAAGAAAAUAGCAGCCUUCACCCUCAUUUAGAAGCAAAUAGCAGGAAUGUAGAAAAAACAUGCGAUUUAAAAGACUUAGGAGAUGUUGCUCGGAGAGACCCUUUGCAGAAAACAACAUUGAUAGGUGACUGGCUCUGUCUUCCACCAGGUGCACUUCAUCUGAGCAAUUCACGGCUUGAGGGGUUUUCUGAUUUGACAACCACUGAGCAGGAAAGUGUACCAGCAGAGUCCACCGAAUAUCUGGACUGCGGUGCUUCCAAUAAGCUGAAAAACAAUAACGAGGAGUUAGCUGUCCACCCAGCUGCUAGCCCGCCCCGUGGCAGGGCACCCUCUUCUAACAUUUCACCACUUUGGACCUCAUCCCCAGUAGUGUGCAGCCAGCUCAAUGGAAAGAGAGGACUUGACAAUCCUUUGUGUUCCCUUGAAACACAUCCAUCUCUACCAUCAAAACUGGGUGAGAACGGUUCAUCUGAUGAAGAGGAUUCCGAUUCAGUACUGACCUCCCUGAGUGACUUCAGUCAGACUGAUACCAGAAGCUUCUCCUUAAGCCUGGCUGAGCUGCGCGAGUUUGGACUGGAUUUAUGCCACCCUGAUGAUCCCAAAGCAGCUCAAGGCAACCUGAUGGAUGGCACCGCUUCCCUUGGCUCCAAUAUGUCCGUCUUAUCCUUUGUUUCCCUUAUCCCUUCGGAGGAUCUCGACAGGAUGAUUGAAGAUGUGCAGGGAGUGAGGGAGGAUGUGCUGCAGAACUAUGAAGACAUUCACGUUGUUGUUUUGCAUAAAGAGGAGGGGGUUGGCCUGGGAUUCAGCAUUGCUGGCGGCGCCGACCAAAGCAGACCGGUCACGCACAGUAUGGUGUAUAAUGAAAACACAUAUCACUCUGGAGAAUCAACUAUUACAAACCAGUUACAGACACUCAAGGUUCACAAGGUUUUUCCCAAUGGCCUGGCAGCCCAGGAAGGGACAAUUCAACAUGGUGAUAAAGUUCUGUCAGUUAAUGGCUAUUCACUUAAGGGCUGUACGCACAGUGAGGCACUCCGAAUUCUGCGCAAGUCCCGUAUGCUUGCCCAGGCAAUCAUUGUGCUGCAGAAACAGGGCCCGGUUGACCCAAAUGAUGUGCAAACACUUAAUGUGGACCAAAAUGUUGUGAAGAGCUCCAUAAAGCUUAAAUGUGAACAAGAAGAGCCAUCAGAAGAGAUGGUCACUGUGGAAAUCACCAAGAGGUCAUCUGGGUUGGGCUUCAGUCUGGAAGGGGGCAAGCAAUCGAGCCAGGGUGAUCGACCUCUCACAGUGAAGAAGGUUUUCCUGGGAGGUCCUGUAGACUUGGUUCAACCUGGAGAUGAAAUCCUAGAGAUUCAUGGCCAGAGCAUGCAGGGACUCAUGCGCUUGGAAGCAUGGCAGUUCAUUAAAUGUCUGCCUGAAGCCCCAGUGAAGGUUGUAUUGAAAAAGAAAUCCAAAACUUGACUACAUUUGGAGGGUCAGAAAUUUUGAAAAAAGCACAAACUGCUGACCUACAACGUUCACAAUAAACUUCUGGUCAUCAAAAGAGAUGUUCGGGGUGCACAAUCAGUAUUUCCUUAGUCCAGUCAAGUAUGUCUGAAUUUCCUUACAUUUCAAGAUGUCACAGAAACAAAUUUGUUAAUAAAAGGAGUUUGAACAACAUUAGGUGGAUUGUGGAGUUAAAAUUCUUCAGAAUCAUUCUGUGCAUCAUCUGACCCAGUAUGGUGAACUCAUCUUCUCAAUGACUGCAUGAGUGAUGUUUAUUAAGCCAAAGUUAAACAACAUGGACAGCUGAGUUUCAGAAAAUGCCUGCCAAUAUCCCAUUUGGUACCAUAUUUAUAUACUAAACAUGAAGGCUGGUUAUCUUAGACUUCACCAAAGGGAACAAAUGACAAACUGGAACCGUGCUGCACUCAAAACAAACAAGUACCAGAAGAAAUGUUUGUACCCUGUAUCAUGGCUCAGUGCUCGAACUAUGAAUGAAAUCUACCAGCCCGGGGUGACUGCAUCUGAUCAAUGCAAUCCUUCAUUAAAACUUGAAGUGCAUUUCGGAUGCUGCGUGACAAUUAUUAUGUGAAAAAAUAUGUUUCAUUACUGUUGUUAUUAUAUAGCUUAAAGAAGUCACUUGAUGCCUCAUUUUGACCACAUGUGAACCAGAUAGCCUCAGGACCCAUAAAUCCAAUAACUCGAAUGUUCAUGCACAUUUUAAUCAAGAGCAUCUAUUCCUGUUAUUAAUGAAUCAAAAUGUAGUGAGCACACUUAUCAGAUUUGUCAGUACCUUAUCUAGCUUCAGCACUCUCAUGGGGAGUUAAGAGAUAUUGUGGAUUUUUUGUGAUCUGUAUUUUUUUUCCUUUGUGUUUGCAUUACUUGUUUAAAAAAUGGUCCCGCCUUGCCAUGUGUUCAGUUCUAAUCUGCUUUCAAUAUAAAUAAUGCGUUUCAUCUUGAAAUAAUUUGUCCUCCUCGCCUGAAUCUAAUUUUGGCAGCUUAUCUCAGUGAAUCCAGCAGAGAAGCAAAUUCACGAUCUACAAUAAAACUCCACACAAAGGACCACUUAAGUUUAAGGCUCUGCAAUACUUUUUUUUUU